AGAGCCUAGCGGUCGCGGGGAUUCGCCAGCGCGGAUCGCGGACUGUCGCCGGCAGGGACGGCCGCCCGAGGCGGCAGCGUGCCGGCUAGCAGACCUCGCCUCCAGCUUGCCGAAGCUGAGGACGUAGCGGGGCCGCCUCCGGGCCAGCCUCUCCUCGCUCUGCCAGCCGGCCCCGGCGCCGAGGGCGCGGCGACGCUCGGCCACCAUGGGCUGCACAUUGAGCGCUGAGGACAAGGCGGCCGUGGAGCGCAGCAAGAUGAUCGACCGCAACCUCCGGGAGGACGGCGAGAAGGCGGCGCGGGAGGUCAAGCUGCUGCUGCUGGGUGCUGGUGAAUCUGGAAAGAGUACAAUUGUGAAGCAGAUGAAAAUUAUCCACGAAGCCGGCUACUCAGAAGAGGAGUGUAAGCAGUACAAGGCAGUGGUCUACAGCAACACCAUCCAGUCCAUCAUUGCCAUCAUUAGAGCCAUGGGGAGGUUGAAAAUCGACUUCGGAGACUCUGCUCGGGCGGAUGAUGCUCGCCAACUUUUCGUGCUUGCUGGGGCUGCAGAAGAAGGUUUUAUGACUGCAGAGCUCGCCGGGGUCAUAAAGAGACUGUGGAAAGACAGUGGUGUACAAGCCUGCUUCAACAGAUCCCGGGAGUACCAGCUGAAUGAUUCUGCAGCGUACUAUCUGAAUGACUUGGACAGAAUAGCACAACCAAAUUACAUCCCAACUCAGCAGGAUGUCCUCAGAACCAGAGUGAAGACGACUGGAAUUGUGGAAACCCACUUUACCUUCAAAGAUCUUCAUUUUAAAAUGUUUGAUGUGGGAGGUCAGAGGUCAGAGCGGAAGAAGUGGAUUCACUGCUUUGAAGGAGUGACUGCCAUCAUCUUCUGCGUGGCCCUGAGUGACUAUGACCUGGUUCUUGCUGAAGAUGAAGAAAUGAACCGUAUGCACGAAAGCAUGAAGCUGUUCGAUAGCAUAUGUAACAACAAGUGGUUUACAGAUACAUCCAUCAUCCUUUUCCUGAACAAGAAGGACCUCUUUGAAGAAAAAAUCAAAAAGAGUCCCCUCACGAUAUGCUAUCCAGAAUAUGCAGGCUCAAACACAUAUGAAGAAGCGGCUGCGUAUAUUCAGUGUCAGUUUGAAGACCUCAAUAAAAGGAAGGACACAAAGGAAAUCUACACCCACUUCACGUGCGCCACAGAUACGAAGAACGUGCAGUUUGUGUUCGAUGCUGUAACAGACGUCAUCAUAAAGAAUAACCUAAAAGACUGUGGGCUCUUCUAAGUUCUGCAGUGGGUAGUAAAAAUGCAUUUUCCAACCAGAUGAGUACUUAUAUAUGGAUCUCUCUAGACUAGAGUCUCCCAGCAACACAGAAUGUAGUGUACAGCGAAUGCAUCCUGGACCUGACCAGAGUUCUGACCAAAGUUGUUCUGUAUUGUAUCUUUAUCUGAACGUGAUAGAAGGACCUUUCUUGAAGGUGAAAGAUGGCCCUGGAGUGUGGGACGGAGGAGUGAUGUUGAAGCUGGGCUCUAGUGUACUGAUGAUUUCUGUGUAAGUGUAAAUAUGCAGAUGUGAGAUGUAUUCAUAACUUUUGAUUUCCCACAUUAUGUUUAGGUUGUAAGAGUGGCAACUUUGAGUCUAGUGUGAUGGCUUUGGAAAAACAUAAAUAUUAAGUACCUUGUAUGGAAUGACAGAUGGGUUCUUUGUCUGGCAGUUUUAAUCAGCUUUAUUUAUGUUCGUGCCCCUAAAUUUUAGGUACCAUAAUUAAUAUUAGGAAAUGUCACUGCCCGUACCCUGAAUCUAUGUUUACUUGUAUUCGUAAAAUGUUAUUUGUA